UAUCGGAUUUAACGCUGCGAGACAAACAAUUAGAAACCAAAGAUAAUCGAUCUCAUCGUAAUCGAACUACAAAGGAAGAGAGGGUCGAUUAUUGUGCUGGCUUGUAAUUUUUCCAAGUAGUGGCCAUGAAAGCGUCGUACGGAUUCGUCUUGUUGAGUCUUCUGUUUGCCUUUUCCUGGGGAAAACACAUCCAGAGAACUCGACUGGGAAUCCCGAAGCAAGCUGUUCGCGAAGAAUCGACAGAUGUUCAACCCGCUGAACAGACAGUCUUUCAGGUAAAACAAUCCCAACUAUAAUAGUUAGUUGGAAGACGAUAACCCUCAAUUUACAGCUGCUUUCAAAGUUGACGUUUAACCACAUAAACGGAAUUGAUACUCUCUCGGGAAGACUCCCAUGUAAAAAAGUGAUGGGUCGGACGUGUCGUUUAGUGGUGUAAAUUGCUGAUUUUCCGACGAGCAUCCCCGUCACUUUUACAUGAGAGUUCCCCCCCGGGAGAUACUCCCCACGUAAACAUAAGAUUAGGGAUGGCUAUAGCAGUAGCAGUCUAGUCCCCUCAUUUACAACCCCCUUUCCCCUUUCCCCGCGGUGAAAUUUAACCCGCAGAGUUAACCCUCCCUCAACAACUUUCGUUUUUGUUUAUACCAAGUCAGAGCUGAGCAAUUUUAUACUGUCAAUUUUUUGCGUGUCCACCAUCAUCUCUGCACUUCUGAACAAUUUUACUUAAGCCCAUUAAAUCCCAGUCAAACUUGACCCCUUCUUUUAUAAGCCAACCGAAACCUCCUCACUAAGUAUAAGCUUAUGACGUACAAUUGUAGUCUGCAAACGCCGAGUCUCUUCGGCGGAUUCUACGCUACGUUCUCGUACAUCGUGACGCCUAAGUUUGUGUUUUCAGGAACGUAUCCUGAACCAUUUUAGUUAUUUUUACGUGGCAUGAAAACUGUGAGCUUGUCAAAUAACCUACAGAUGGUGUCUUUUACAAGUGUCUUAGAUUAGGGGUAACCUGAUCGAAAGAAUUCGAAACGCGAUCCUGUGAUUGCUGGCUCUGGAAUGAAGGCAAGGGUACGUGACAUGUCACGUUGUAGUUUUGCGUUAUUUUUCACCUGUGUUACGUUAUAUGCUAUCAAUGAUGAGUCAGAAGUUUAAAGGGCCUAUAUCGCGAGGAUAUUACUGUUUUAGGUCAAUUUUGUGCUAACGUCAUUACACAGUGCCUUUUACUCAUGCAUAAAAUGGACCUGUGGAGUUAUAAAGAAUAUAUCAAUGCGGCAAAUUUUAUCAGCAGGGAGCACUGUCUAUAAUAUUUUUUUUGGUGAUUUUUGGGGGCAUUUUUGGUGAUGUGGAAACAAUUGUUGGUUAGCUAUUGAGUUGUAGUGUGGAUAAUGUUCAUCACUGUCUUUUAAAUCAUUUUUAUUACGUCACUUGGUUAUUGCACUCGUCCACAACACGAUGAAAUCCCCAUUUUUGCCGGCAUAGCCCCAAAUUUGAAAACGUUGGCCCAAUUUUUUAAAGUUUCAAUCCAUGCCUAUCCUUGCUAUCUGUUGCAAGAGACGACAAGAAACAGUUUCAAUGUCCAAAUAUAGACUUAGUAACAAAACUGGAUCAUUGUUUUUGAAAUUCAAUUAAUGCUAAGACACGUUUUCGCUUUAUUUAAAAAAAUAGCAAAUGACUUGACAUAUAUAGCUCCUUCAAUCCCCUCUUAGGUUGACUCGGAGAGGAAUAUCAGUUCACAAGAAGUUAUCUCGAAAAGUAAGUCCUAUUAAAUAUUUAUAGCGUAAAUUCUGGUAAUCACGUGACCGUACGUCCGCCUGCGCGCCCGUCCGUCUGCACCACAGAAAACCCAUGUGAAAUAUCAAACUUUCUAGCCAGUGUAGGAGCCUGUGACCUGUGUUCAACUUGAUGAUAGACAUCCAUAUUAUGGUCAAUUGACAGCUAUCAAAACAGAGUAUAUGCUGACCAGAAUCACAUGGCCAUACUACGGGCUCAGGUGCCAACUUAUAGAGAAACUGGAUCUUCGCUUUUACCUCUGGUUAAGUCUAUAUAUUAAUUUCCUAAAGACGUUAUGGUUUUAUUCGAUAAACGCAACAACUGGACUCGAAUUUAAAUGCAGAGCGAGAGAGAGCUUUGUUCGAAAGGCGACUUCAGUAGGCUAUUCCUUUUUUAGCGUUGUUGUUGUUUUUUUCUCAUUUUUUCGCCAGCCCCCUUUCCCUGCCCUUCGCACCUUUGGGUUACCUGAGCUAUCCUGGCCUUCAGACCUUCUAGUCGGGUUUAGAAGCUCGGAGAAACGUGUCAGAGAAGCUGUAAACUGUCUACAACUGUCUCGUGUUACUUCUCUCUCAGGUGCAUCUUGUGUUGACAAAUCUCCUUCUUGCGGUUACUGGGCGCUCGUUGGUGAAUACACGAAGAAUCCAGGUUACAUGCUGACAUCCUGCUGUGUGUGGUGCAAUCACAUGAAAAGUAUGUACUCGGAAAAUGAAAUGCACCUUCUUAAUUAUUAUAAAACUGCUAGAUUCUGUGUGGUAUCAUAUACAGCGGGUUCUUUGCUGCUGUUCGGUGUCACGCAACGGCAGGAGCGUUGCGUUGCAUCCCUCGAGUGAGGUAUUUUCACGGGUUGUCCACGAGGGCCUGAGCCUUCGGGGCACAAGGGUAACAAUUUUAUAGACGUGGUCGUUUGUUUGCUUGUUUGUUUUUCUGUGGACGACUUUGUUUCCGAAAAAAUCGAAACUCUCGGGAAAACAACCAUUUUUCUUGGACCAAACGUUAUUAAAAAACUGGAAGCCUAUGGCUAAUAUUGUAUCAUUACCUACCGCCUGUAGCUUUGAAAAACAUUGCAAGUACCUCUUGCACAGACGAAGAUGCUAAUUGUGGUGUUUGGGCAAAUAAGGGCGAGUGCUGCAAAAACCCUGCCUAUAUGCUGGAACAUUGCUGUGCCGUCUGCAAAGAUAAAGGUAAUCGAGUGAUAUUUAUCUUUGGCUCCAGCUGUUUUCUCAUGUUUUUACUUUAGUGGAAUUUUUUUAUAACGUUAGGGAGUACCUUGACAGAUUGUUCUGCGCAUGGAACUCGUAGGAGGGCGUGGGGGCCGAGGUUUGAGUCCCUUUUUAACCCUCUAGCUGCACUUUUUCACGGUAGUAACCAGCCUCAAUCCUCGGCCAGCACAGUUGGGGUUGAUAAUCAGUUUAAACUUAAUUUAAGUACUUGUGAAGAAAUAUUUGAGGGGAAUUUGUGCGCACUAAGUUGGCAGCUAUUUUAAAUAUUAACUAUAAGUCAAUUUGAAUUUUCCAAGUUUCUUUCAGAAUGUUCGACUCUCGCACAAACUCUUUAAUGUUAAAUUGCAUGGUUUAGCUUUGUCUUUUCAUGUCCAUUUUCAAAUUUCUUACUGACUUUCGUCUAAAAAACUGUUUGUCUGUUUUUCCAGGCUACACUGUCCUCCCGUGAUAGACUACCCAAGAACACCGGGACUGGCAAUCAGAAUUCAAAUAAUGAAAUAUCAACGUAGUUUGUCUGAAAUUUAAGUAAAGGCUGAAAUGAGCAAUAAAAGUAUACUAAGCGCAAUCAAGUGAAAUAAAAAUAGCGUUGUUUGUUCCUACGAUAAU